ACGUGAGCCUCACAUUUUAAGUUGUAACCCAAAGACUGACAGAGACAAAAAUUAUUUAAGAAAAAAAAAACUCACCCUCUUUGUUGCCGAAUGCUGACCCAUUUUUUUUUUCCAAUGCUCAGCUGAGAAAGCUAUCCCUUUUGUUUAUGCCUCUCUGUACUCUAAUGAUGAAGAAAACUGAAAAUGGCACUUUAACAUCAAUUGAUACUUCCUUUGCAAAGCUUCCCGAUCACCUUUUGGUAGAAAUUAUCAUUCGAAUUCCUGUCACUGAGUGGGCACAAAUAUGUUGUGUAAAACAGCAGUGGGCAAACCUGUUCCGGGGAGAAUGCUUGUGGCGAGCUGCUCUAGACAAGAACUAUCCUUCUGCUAGCCAAGCUAAAAGGUGGCCUGGACCUAUUCCACGAGGGUUGAGCCAGAGGAGAUAUGCAGCUCUGUAUGUUAGCAGACACAUUUUUUCUCUUGAUGGCCAAAUUGAUGAGAUUGUGGGGCAUACUUAUUUGUAUUUAAAAGAGCAGCUUGAACGUUCAACUGUUUCACCUCCUUCUGGGGUACUUCAUGGAACCAUAAUCGAUCAGUUUAUUGCUUGUGGUAAACCAAGAGAUAUGGCUCAUGAGCUUGCUUCCCAAAUCUGGCUGGCCGUUGUUGACAAUUUAGAAGAAAAUGAACAUACAUUUCUGAUACUCAAACGUCUUGCACAAGAGGCCGAUGUUUUCCUUCCAUAUCCAUAUUCAAGAUCGAUGAAGGUCCAAUGGAGGGUGUAUGAGAAGCUCCUCACAGAUUUCCGUGACUGCUUCACUCAUGUAGAUUACUAUGAUGUACUGGCAUGUGCAAAGAGCAAGUUUCAGCCAAUACCAUCGGCUUGGUUAGGUUACUAGUUCAUGUCAAAUAAUCAUCCAAUUCAGUUGAUUACCAAUUGUAAUUGUAGAUAUCAAUACCUCUGUUCCUGCUCAUUUAUUAAGUGAAAAGAAGCUUGAAAUCCCCAUACCAUAUACCUGUGAUGAGUUAGGAGCUCAAAGAACUGUAUAUUUUGUACUGUUAAUAAUUGUGUAUGAUUUUGUAUAAAGUACAAUUGUAAGAAACUGAUUACAAUUACAAUGUUGUGUAAUAACAAACUUGUGCUUAAGUAGUAAGAAA